AUGAGAUUCAUCAACAAGACGCCCGAGUUCCGAGACGCCGUUCGUGACGUGGCUGACUCCCAGCCCGAGUCGCCGCCAUGGCUACACACUCAAAUCAACCCGGUUCCAGACAUCAAGGCCACCGCCCACGAAGCAAUAGACGUCUACCUCUCCAAUCGAAAACCAGACGGAACUAUCGAGGGAAUAGGCUGGUGGCAAUGCGCCAACGGCUUCACCGCCAUCGCCGACCAAGACCGCUGGCUGGGCGAUGAGAAAUACUACGACAGCCUUGCCGAUAGCCUCCGACGGUGUGAGCAAAUCAACAGCCCCCACGGCUUCGUCAACGACUUCAACGACGACUCUUGCUGGUGGGCCAUCUGCUGCGUGCGUCUGUACGGCGUCAAACGAGACCGCUGGUUCCUCAGCCAAGCCAGGGCCGUUUGGGGGCACGUCAAGCAGUACCAGCUGGCGCCUCAGCAGCGCUUCUUCCAAGGCAAAGAUAUGGCGGGCGCGGUCUUGUGGACUUCGAAAGCGGGAGAGGACUCGAUUAAUGCCAUUAGUACCGCUUUGUUUGCUGAACUGGGUCUUCGUCUUGCGCUCGAGCAUGACGAUCCACUGACGGAAGCACGCAUCGAUGCCGCGCGCCAUGCUCUAGGCUGGAUCCUGCGCAGCCGCUAUCGCUCUCACGAAGGCGUGGUUCUUGAUCACAUCAAGCUUGAUUCGCAGCAAGCUAUCGACUGGACAUUUACCUACAAUACCGGCGUGACGCUGAGCAGCCUUGCCUUGCUGUACUCCGUCACCGGCGAGGUCGAAUAUCUACUCAUCGCCUGCCACAUGGCGCACAAAUCCAUGACCCGCAGCCAAUGGGUCGAAGAUAACGGCGUGCUGACCGAGCCCGACGCGUACGGGAAAGGCCAACAUGAUCCGCAACAAAACAGCGAUGGCGUGGGCUUCAAAGCCGUGCUGAUGAGGCAGCUGUGCACCCUCUACCACGUGAUUGACAAGAUGCAAUGUCCCCCGCCGAAAGCGAGGAGAGUCGCGGCGAUGAUUCAUGCGUUUGUGUACAUUAACUUCCACACUCAGCUCGACAAGAACACGGAUGGGAAGGGCAGGUAUGGGCCGUGGUGGAAUGGGCCGUUUGAGUAUCCCACUGUCCAUUCGCAGCUGGCGGUUUUGGAUGUCAUGGCGGCGGCAAUGCUGGUCAACUUUGGGUGA